CCUGUGCCCAACCUGUUUAUCUCUGCUGCUCCUCAGACUCGUCGCUGCGGGACACAUUUCAAAUCCUCGUCGUUUAAACAGAAAGUUUGUCGUUUCCACUGGUUUCACAGAGUAAACGCUUCAGGCUGCCACAGUAAGUUUUCUGUGACGGGUUUUAUUUGAGCUUUUUCUCGCUGUCUGUGUGGACUUCGACCUCCGACAGGCACCUGUUUCAAACAAGGAAGUCCGCCUUGUUGAACCCGACCGUUGAUUCUUACAUCGACAGGGCGUUUGUAAAUGGCAGCAAAUGAGGUCGGUUGGCUCUUCUGAACAGUGAUUUUAUUUUCGAUGUUGAUCCUAUAACGUUGGCUUUGUGUGGACACGGUGCCAUCUAAACGGGAUAAAGCUGCUGCCACCGUCCCCUCAAGGUGAGCUGUUUUGUUGACUGUAAAGAAGUCGAAGACAAUGAUCAUUUAAACGGCACAGUCUGUCACUUCUGUCUAAGAUGAACAUUUCUUUAAAAGACAUGGAUUCAUCAACUGAAAAUAAUACUAUUGUUCACCUGGCUGCACCAAUUCUCCCAGACAAGUCAGACAUCUCCAAUAUGACCAUCAUUCAAACCAGCAAUGGCACACUGAUAGAAGACCAGAUGUUUUUGAACACACUGGCUGCCCAGGCCCUCUCAGGGAUAUUUGUCUGGUCCGCUCUGCUCAUAACAUGCCACCAGAUCUAUACACAUCUUCGAUCCUACACUGUUCCCAAUGAGCAGCGCUACAUCAUCCGCAUCCUGUUUAUCGUGCCGGUUUAUGCCUUUGAUUCAUGGCUCAGCCUGCUCUUUAUCAGCAACGACCAGUACUAUGUUUACUUUGAUUCUGUCCGAGACUGCUACGAAGCAUUUGUCAUUUACAAUUUCCUGAGCCUGUCCUUUGAGUAUCUGGGAGGAGAGAGUGCAAUCAUGUCAGAGAUCCGAGGGAAGCCCAUUCAGUCAAGCUGUAUGUAUGGCACCUGCUGCCUCGUUGGAAUGAGCUAUUCCAUCGGCUUUUUAAGAUUCUGCAAACAGGCGACUCUCCAGUUCUGCGUUGUCAAACCCAUUAUGGCAGUCAUCACCAUCAUCCUGCAGGCCUAUGGCAAAUACCACGAUGGAGAUUUUAACAUAAAUGGAGGAUACCUGUAUAUCACAAUCAUCUACAACUUCUCAGUCAGCCUGGCUCUCUACGCUCUGUUCCUCUUCUUCUUUGCAACAAGUGACCUGCUCAGGCCAUAUGAGCCAGUGCUCAAAUUCCUCACAAUCAAAUCUGUCAUAUUCUUAUCCUUCUGGCAAGGAAUGGUGCUCGCCAUCCUGGAGCGCUGCGGCGUCAUACCCAACGCACUCUUCAUCGAUGGAGAAGAGGUCGGCGCUGGCACGGUGGCGGCAGGCUGGCAGAACUUCAUCAUCUGCAUAGAGAUGUUCUUUGCUGCCAUCGCCCUCAGAUAUGCCUUCACCUGCACCGUCUACCAGGAGAAAAAGAAUGAAGUGCCAGAGAACGUCCCUCGUAUGCAGAGCAUCUCCAGCGGUCUGAAGGAGACUAUAAAUCCAGGAGACAUGGUGCAGGAUGCCAUCCACAACUUCUCCCCAGCCUACCAGCAGUACACCCAGCAGUCCACACAGGAAGUGGUCCAGCCCAGCGCCAACGGAAAAGUGGCCGCAGGAAACAAGACCUCCCGCAAGUCUGACAAAAUCAUGCUGAUUACCUCUGAUGACGAAUUCUAGGCAUUUUUCCAGCAAGAUCCAGGUGUUUGUGUCCUUGCCACCUCUAUCUCAUCAUGUCACGCAGAGCUGGAUUGAAUCCAGGUGUUUAAUUUUCAUUAUCCAAGUAUUUAAGAUGACGCUUACUUCUGUCCUGUUUUAAUGAAUAAUUUAAACACCAAGGGGAGGAUGAAAUUAAUAGUAGUUUUUGAAAUUGAUAGCUGACACUUCUGCAUCUGGGCAGUAAUAAUCACAGGAAAAUGACAUGUCACCUUUGCUGUAUCAGAGACAUCAGGAGUUAUGCAUUUUCUUUAAAUCAAGGUGCCGGAUGUUCAGCAGUGUCCCUGAUCCUGAUUCUGUUUCGUUCAUUAUGUCAGCUCUCGCUCUCUGGCCGUCUGAAGUUCGCUCUCUCUGAUUCAUGUCAGUUUCAAAGAGGAGAUGAUUAAUAUGUGGCUCCGGGAGGGAAGCAGGGAAGCCAGCGAUGGCUGGGAAUGACACUUUAUGGACCGUCUUCUCGCAUCUGCUUGUUUGAAGUAUUUGCUGAGCAUUCCUCUGCAUGGUUUCCUGACAAAUGGAAAAAUUUGUUCAGAGACACUUUCGUUUUGGAGCAGGCACUUCAAACUGCAGACUAUAGCACUUUGCAGUCCUUUGUAUCUACUGUAGCAUGGACAAAUUGGAUAAACCUGUCUCCGACAAAGUGGGAGUUGUGUUAUUCUCAUUAAUUUUCCCAGCAUGCUAAAGAGUUUAAUUCAGUUCAACUAGACAGCCGUUCAACAGACGCUAACAAUUAAGCUUUUUGCAGCUUCUGCACUAUUGUAAAUGCUUUUGGCAGAAUUUUUUUAUGUUUGACGUUUUCACAUUCCAAGUUCCAGGGAUUAUGAAAUGUGCACAGAAUGUGUUUGUUGUAAAUUUUGGUAUUCAAUGUUAUAUUUGUGUAAAAAGCUCUGCUUGGAUUAUGAAUUGGGAAGAUUCAAAUGUAUUUAAAGUGUGUAGUUCAGGCGUAGUCGGACUGAACCAAAUUCUAUGUGGGGAAUAGAGAAACACAAACGUAUGCUUUAAGAGAUUUUGUAGUUUCUUCUUAGGGCUGGGAUAUAGAGAAAAUCAAAUAUCACAAUAUAUUUGAUAAAAUACCUCUACCCACAUAGCGGCAAAACUGUAAGGUGGAGUAGUGGUGCUUUCACAAAACUUUAACACAAUGAGAUUUUCGAUAAAUAAUCAUCAGUAAAGUGAAUAUAAUGACUGAGUGAGCUAAGACAAAUAGUAGAACAGCUAGAACAUUCUGGUAACUUCUGUCAAUUACAAAAUGCAGUCUUUAAAACCUGGAAAAGACAACACUUACAAUAUCCAAAAUAUAAAUUGAUAUCUAGAAUCUAUAUAUAAUAUUGAUAUAUUGCCCAGCCCUAUUUCUUGUCCUAUUUUAUUUCUCUCUAGGAAUGUUAUCAUCUGUGAUUAUGUCACAUGGGAGACAAAUAGGUUUUUAGCACAAUAGUUUUCAAAGUCAUACAUUGUUUUUAAUUUUCAUACCCUCUUGUGCCAAUUAUAGCUGUCUUUCUGGGAAAGCAGGAUUUAAUUUAGCGUUGGGUACUAGUAAUAUUUAAAAUUUAUAUGAAAUAGUUGACUUGUGUGUCUUAGUUCUGUGUGACAAAAUUAAACAGUCGUUUCUGCUUGUGUAAGUUGAA